CAAGGAACGCUGGAAAUAUGAGGAUAUCUCUCAUAUUUACCUGUUUUUUUUUGUCGUUUUUGCACACAAGAAUUCUCCCACAUAAGUCGAAGGUAUAAUACCUACCAUUCUUUAUUUGAUAGGUUGCAAAUCUGUUGACGAGAUUUAAAAAUUGUCUUAAACGUUUCGUUUUAUCACUAUUUUUUGUGUUUUAGUGAUAAUUGUGAUUUUUGAUAUUCGUACUAAUAUUUUGACGUAUCUUAUUGUCUGUAUCUAUCUGUUCAAGAAAAUUGAUAUUGAAAUCGCGUCCACGUGCUUAGUUUUCCGUGUAUUUUAAAUUAUAAAACCGGUAGUUUUCAUUACGUAGUGAAUUUUCGAGAGAAUCUUAUGGUGAAAAUGAAAAGCCUUAAAAAACCCUACAGGAGUAAGACAACAUCUCCUGUGUGCCAUUUUUCACCCAAUAUGGUGUUAAACAAUAGAAAAAAACUGCAGAAGCCUAGAGUUAAAAGAGUUUCCUGGAGAGACCAACAAAUGGACGGCGUUAGCUUGACCUCGGAGGUAGGCUCGAUGGGUUCCGGGGGCGGCGGCGGCCCCCUGCAGGACCCCGCCAUCCUGAUGGUGCGCGAAACGACCACCGCCAACAAGAGCAUCAUCAGGUAUUCGCGCGAGCAGCUGCUCAAGCUUAGAGAUGUGCCGGCGGCCAAGAAGAGGCCGGAUUUCCUUAACACCAAUGAUACGAGUUCGCUGCCCAUCUUCGAUCCGGAUCGUUGGAACUUCGAUAAGCGCAAACCGUCAAGUGGUAACAACACCGCCCCUUCGGAAGGGGAAGGGGCGGAUUCCCAGCAGCGGGGGACCAUCGCCAACCGUCGCUCGACUGCCGAUCCUCGCGAACGAUUGCGCAAGGAGUGCGUCGGAGGUGGAGGAGAUGGUAUCGUUUUGAGUCCUCAACGUCGUAGUUUCAACUCUGGCUGCUUCGUACCCGCUGGUCGUCAGGGAACUACAUCAAAUACCAGUCAAGGAGCGGGUCAAGGAGGCGGUCAAAGUGGCAGGUCCCAUAGUCCAGUAGGUGGAAAGGGGGCUGGGGACGGCCAUCUCGGUUUGCGGGAGAUCCAGACGGGCGCUCCACCAUCUGGCGGCAAUCGACGUAUAGGUAGUGGUCGCAUUUUACGGGACUCCUCCUGGGACUAUCCCGAUAAGCAGCAGUCGGACGCUGGAGACGACUACGUCGCCUCCUCGAAGUACGAAAGGCGCAGCUUUGGCGGCGGCUUUGACAGGGACCGCGAUAGGGACAACACUAAGGACAGGCGGAACAACGGAAGGUAUGGAAGAAAGAUAUCUGAGACUAGGGAAAUGGAAGAGCCUGAAUGGUUCUCGAGUGGCCCUAUGUCUCAAAACGAUACCAUCGAGCUGCGAGGUUUUGAGGACGAGAAGCCUGUGACCAAGAAAAAAGUGCCUCCGUCAAGUUUAAAACGCCUGGAGAAGUGGUCAAAAAAGAAAGAUAGUCAGCAGGAAACUAUCGAUGAAAACGAAAGCGUCUCUUCUGCGUUGCAGGCCAAUGCGGAAAAAGAUGCGCAAAAAGAUGGAAGUGAAGAGAAAGAGGUUAAACAGGCUGUGGAUAGAAAAAAGGAAGAUAGCGGAAAAGAUGAUAGUAAAGAAGGUGACAAGCACACGGUGAAUAAUGAACAGGGUUUCAAUUUCGAUGAUAUACUUGAGUGUCAAUCCAUUGCUGGGUUACUGCCUAAUGGAGUAGGAAACGAAGCUGAGGCUCAAGCCAAGUCAAGAUUCAGUCGCUGGUUCAAGCAAGAUAGCCCCGAAAAGCAGUCACAACCCAACACAAAUCCUAGUCGCCAUUCCUCCUUACCUUCUGAGGAUGAUCAUAACCUGAUCAUAAAGGACUUGCUGAAAGACAUCUCCGAACCCGCUGGCCCUCCAGGCGACUCGGAGGCAUAUUUCGCACCGAUCUCGCCAGCGGGCAACAACUCGAUGGGAGCAGGGCCGCCGUUUGGUGCGGGCCAACCUCAAGGCAGACAUCCCCAUCACCAACAGCAAUUGGCGCCGCAACAGCAGGGACAAGGACUCAGCAUCAUGGAUCUGCUAAGGGCUGGUGGAAACAAGGGUGCACAGCAACAACAGCAUCAAGCGCAGGCGGGACAUCAGGCGGCGGUUGAAAUGCUCAAGCAGCCACCAAUUGCGGGUAAAAUUUUGAGUUUGGACGAGCUAGAAGCAAAAAUAAGACAAAAUGCUGAGGCUUCAUCUGGAAUUCCACAGAAGCACGUGCAGCAGCAUCCUCCGCAGAAGCCUGAUGAAGACAUGACAGCGGCCUUCAAAAAACUGUUAGCACAAGCACAAGCUGGUGGCCAUCCUGCGGCCUCCAAUGGGCCUAUGAACAAACCUCAGCCUAUGAGUCUCCUGGAGAUGUUGAACCAUUCCCAACAGCAAGACGAAGCCGCCCGGAUGGCCGCUGUCCAUCACCAACCACACGCCGGCGCCCAUCAUACGACGUCGUCGGCCGCCGCCCAUCACAACCUCAUGGGCGGUCCGACCAGUCCUGCCGCUCCGUCGGCGUCGUCUAACGUCAAUUCGAUGCAUCACCUGAACGAGCUGACGCUCAAGCUGCAACAGGCGCAACAGUACCACCAACAGCAGCAGCAGAAGCAGCAGAUGGAGAUGUUCAAUAAGCUGAUCAACGCGGCUACAAGUGCUGGCCAAGUGAGACUUUCGCCGCUACAACAUGAACUAGGACUACAACAAAGCAGGGAAUUGUUGAAUCGACCCGAGGCACAGGCUAUUUUACAAGGGCUGAAACGCGGGGAGAUCACCCCGCAACACCUGUACCAGCAGCUAACCAGCUCCGCGCUCCAGCCUCGUCACCGCGACAUGCUGUCGGCCAUUUUGAAGCUGCACGGCUACGGCCCCACUCCUCCGAGGGGGCUCAGCCCGGUGCCGCCCCCACCGCAGCCUCAACCGCCCCAGCAAACUGCCGCACAGUUGGCAUUCCAACAGCAACAACAACAGCAGCUCAGGGUUUCGCCCUUACCGCCAAACGCUCUUCAUCAGCGUAUACCGUCCCCGCGUGAAUUGCAAGUUCACACACAGAACAUUCUUCAAAGAGCGCUGAUCAAGAAAAAACUAGAAGAACAACAAGAAAAUUAUAGGAAGAAACAAGAAUUGCAACAGCAACGUGAACGAGGCUCAAGUCCAGCUAUUAGCCCCGCUUCUGGUGUGAACAACGUCCAAUCAUCAAGCGCCGGUUCGAGCAACAAAGGCAUCGGAUCUCCUACACCUUUGGCAUUCACGCCUACAUCCGUACUACGUAAAAUGACUGCUGAUAAGGAUGACGCUAAAGAGAUCGGUAAAAAUGGCCAGGAGGCUACACAAGCAGCAGCUGUGGCUGCGGCCAUCGCCAAAGCUGGCAUGUCUCAAGGCAGGGCAGUCACGGGGGCGAGGCCCGCAACUCAGCAGCAAGUACAACAGCAACCGCAGUGGGGCGGUAUGCAGUUCGGUGGGAGCGUUAAGCAGCCAGUUGGCCGUCCAAUUGUGAAGGCUAAUAACAACUACCAGUCGCAGGCAUCACAGGAAUUCUUCAGUCAGCACCAGCAGCAACAACAACGUAUCUUCAAUCAAGCAAUGCAGGCAGCUGUUGCAGCUCAAACUCAAAAUCAACAAAUGGAUGCUGUCCGAAAACAAAUAGGCCGUGAUCAGUAUGGAUACCAGUCGUCAAGCCAACAGUUCGUGCAACAGCAACAGCAGUUGACUCAACAACAGCUACGUGCUCAGCAUCAACACAGACCAGCCAAUCAGCAAACAGCGCAGGUCCAGCAACCACAACAGCAACAAGGCAACGGAAGAGACAACGCCUGGCAGCAGUUCCUCAAUUCUAAUCAACAGUCACAAGCGUCUCGCUCCUCGACAAACAGCACCGUGACGACAAACACGACUACCUCAUCCGCGUCAGCGGUGAACAGAAACAGCAACAGCGGUGCCAUAUCGCCGGCGACUGGCAAUCAGCUGGCGCGUUGGUUCUCGCCUGAUCUGCUAGAGCGAGCCAGAGGCGGAGAGCUGCCCAGCACUGCAGGCCUGGGCCAGCAUGCCAUGUCCCUGGAGGAGAUUGAAAGGCAGACCGCACCGCCGGUACACAAUUAAGCUCUAAUCAAAUGAAAAAGAUGGGAUGCGGAUUCAACGACAUUUGAAACCUAUAAUCGUAGCAGAAACAUAAGAAUUACAUGUCUCAAGCUAUUUAUCGUAUUAGACUCGUUAAUUUACUGGCGGUUUGUUCGACGUCCCUCAUAUUGUAAAUAAAACUUAGAACCAUUGAUGAUUCGCAAGUUGUGAUUGGGUUGAUAUGGACGUUGAUGUGAGCUGCCUCAAACUAUAUGAACGAAAAAUAAAAUUCAUCGUACAAGUCUAUCAAAAUUAAUAUGAUCUGCCGAGAACAAGGAGAAUAUGUGGUGUUUUUUAUUUCAUUUUACAUAAAUGAUUAUACCGGGAUUUGAAAAUGGCAAUUCACUUUUUUCUACACUGUCUAACCCAGUUGAUUACAAAUUUUAGGACAAAUUUUUAUGAAAUUUAAAUGACUGUCUGAAUCAAAGUUGUUUUCAAAUGUGCGGCUACAAUUUAUCUUAAAACAAACAUGUCGAAAUAUUGCCUGUAAAUCAGCACACAAUUUUGUAAAAAUAUAAUUGUACGCACUGAUUCACAACAAACGGCCCUGCUGGGUCUGAAGGCAGUGUAGAAAAAAACCUCUGCUAGAUAAAGUAAACCCGCAUAUACACCUCCUUCUUCCAAACUUGUAUAUAUUGAAUCAAUGGAAUUAUAUCUUCGAAAAAUGGUACCAUUACCCUCCUUAGUAGUAGGAAAAAUAUUGUGCUUGUGAUACAAAUGAAGUCUGUUGUCUUUCAGAUUCUAGUAGGGUUUAUUCAGAAGCUACUUUUCAGUUUUAGUGGAAAACUUAUUUAUUUUUUCGUUUUGGUGUGGAGAAUAUCAUUUUCCGUUCAGAUUUUGGUGUUUAGAAUUAUAUAAUACGUACGGGUAGUGGUAGUCAUUUUACUCACGAGGAAAAAGAACAUAUGUGGUCUUGUUCGGAAAGGUGGCAGUGUUAGUGUCCAAGAAAAAUGAGAUUUCAUCGCAAAACAUUCAUCUCCGUUUUAUUGCUACUCUUGACAAAAAUUAUUACAAGCAUAUUUAUGUGAAUUUUUCAUGUAGCCGAUCGAUUGGUAAUUAAUUGAUGAACUAUGAUGCUAGUUUGCAAGAAGUACAGGGUUUUUCAUUAAGGGUGUCGAAAUUUAAAAUUGAGUAAACACAUUCAAUACCAUGACGUUGUAAAAAUUACAUCAUUCAAAUGGCUUCGUUUACAGGACUCGAUCCGAGAGGUCCAAUUUUGUAAAACUGCUGCAUAAGUCAGGAUGGAUGUUGUUCCCCAGUUGGUGAAUUGUUGUUGGUUUGUUACGAAAAACCAGUGACUUAACGUAACUCCAGAGAAAAAAGUCUAAGGGUGUUAAGUCGCACGACCUUGGCGGCCAUUCCAUAUCGCCUCUUCUGGAAAUAACGUGUCCUGGAAACAUUUCUUGCAACAACUGCAAUGUUGUGUGACACGUUGCGCCGUCUUAUUGGAACCACAUGUCGUUCAGGUCCAUAUCAUCAAAUUGAGACCAUAAAAAGUCAGUUAUCAUGACCCGUUACCGGGCGCCGUUGACAGUCAGCGUCUCGCCAUUCUCGUUUCGGAAGAUGUACGGUCCAAUGACGCCGCCUGACCAAAACCCACACCAAACAGUAAGUUUUUCCGGAUGCGAUGGAGACUCUUCAUACUGUUGUGGAUUACUGUCUCCCCAAACGCGACAAUUUUGCUUAUUCACGAAGCCGUUUAACCAAAAAGGUGCUUCAUCACUGGAAAUGAUUUUAUUACCAAAAUCUGGAUCCGCUCCCAACUGUUCCAGAGCCCAAUCAGCGAAAGUACGACACGCUUGCUGGUAGCGGACAGGACAGUUGCUUGUGCACGACGCGGAAUCGAAAGGUUUGGGACUUCAGCAACCGAACCGUCUUGCUCGAAUUUGGCGAUAAUUAGUUGAAUUGAAGCUUAACGAAUAGCACACGAGUUUUUAUGAUAGAUUUUAUCAAUUGCAUCGCGUUUGCACAGUGUAGCGUUUCAUGGUAAAAUGGUGACUAUGACAGAACACAGUCAUCGAGGAAUGAUGUCCGUGCCACCUGAAACCUCAGAGCAAGUUGUUGCCAAAUUUCGGAGCUAUUGAAAAACCCUUUGUUUUAGACUUCUUGAUAACAUCAAGUCUUUUUAAUUCAAGCUCUGCGAUAAAAUUCUCAUUAAUCUGUAUAACUGACUUCUUUCCAACGAGGACUCAUUUGAACUAUAUGAAAAGAGGCUAUAUAACAAUAUUGUAAACUACCGGAACUGAAUUUUUAACGUUGUGUUCUAUAUUGUAUUUUUUUAUUUGAGACAGGAAAGAUAUGUGUAAACUGUUUUUAUGAUGUGUUAUCGUCAUCUAUUUACAUUCCUCAUUUUCUUGAAGAUUCCAUCGUACAUAAGAACGUCGAUAGGGCAGUAAGUACAUUAUAUUGUAGACAAGGUAUGCUUAGACUAGUAAAUGCGAAUUCAUUGAUAUUGUUUCUGUUUUUCUAUCCAUUGGGUAGGUGAUGAAAUGUGAUGUUUCAGAAUGGAAGGAAUGGUGUGCUGAAUAAAUUGAUACCCUAUACUAUACGUAACAGAAGAAGGGGCACAUGAAGAGCAUUUAGUUGAGGUGGUAUCUUCGAAUCUGCACGUUGCCAUGACAAAAAUUGUUUGAAACAAUUUUUUAAACGAAUUUCAAAAAUCGCUCCUGUCAAAGUGUUUUUAGGCUUUUUAGGACAUUCUGAAUAAAAAAUAAAUUAUAGUUCUCGAACUACCAUAUAAGCGAUCCAGUAUUUGUAACUUUCCACAUUUUCGACUCCGAAAAACUAUGAAAAGCUCCUAAAUAUUUCUCGAGCGUCCAUUAACAAGAUCCCAAAGCAUAUGCCAUCAACUUUAGAGUAAAGAUGUAAAGUGUCUUUUGACCAGAGCGAAAACAAUUUUUGGAAUUUGUUUAAAAAAAUUCGAAUGAGAAUAUUUUUCCGACCAGAUGCGAAGAUACUCCCUGGACUAGUUCUUCAGUCUACCACACACGCACAAACGGAGUUGUAUGAACACUAUUAGUGGUGGAAAAUAUAUAAAAAUAUCCAGUAAACGAAUAUAAAUAAAUAAACCAUUCUAGGAACCAAGAAAAUAGUUUAUAUUUUUUGAGGAAAUUCUUGACUGUAGCCAUGAAAAACAAGCCUUUAUAACCUUUCAUGUAAAAUCAAGCAAUAUCAAUUGUUAUUGAGUGAACACAAAGGAGUUACUUGGGUAUUAACAAAACUGAUAAAGAAAAUCGAGGCAACAAAAUAUGUGCUCAUACUCUAUAAAUUUAUGGACAUUUCCACAAACAUUUUAACAAUUGAGUCAUGAGGUAUAUCAACAUAAAACAUAAAGUAAGACGAUAACGUAAAGUUUGCUUCAAUGUUAUUGCCCAAACCUUAUCUACUAAAACUGAGAUUAACAAAAAAACUAUUGGGUUUUUUAUGGCAUGGUUAUGGAUAAGGGAUGCAGUCAGUAAUUGGAUUAAGAAAACUUCCACUAUUUUUACAAUUAUCACAGAAGAAAGAUCCUUCUUUAUUUCAGUGUAUUACAGGAAGAAAAAUCAUAUGACAUAUCUUAAAAUAGCUGACAUUCAGGCUAGCUAGUUUGCGAGUAUUCAGUUUAGUUUUGGUAUCAAAAUUGAAUACCACCCAAUUUAUUCAUGUUUACUAGCGAUUUGUUCGACUGUUGUAGUUAUAUUAAACAUACCGACGUCUUUUCAUACUGCCCUGCAUGAGAGAUCACACCGUGUGACUUUUAUUUCGCUUGGCAUAAGCUUUUUCCAUGCAGUGCCAACUUUAUCCUAUCAUUUUUCAUGUACUCUGUAAUAGUAAGAGUGAUCUCAGUUUCAUCGAAAUUAAAGUGAAAAAAAAAAAUGAUAAAUGAAAUUGUUGAUGCUGUUGUCAUCUGUAAAAAAACUUAUGUAAAUAAGAUGAAAUGUCAUGUUAUUAUUAAACUCUUUUGUUUCUGAGACUCAAUAAACGAGAAGGAAUACUAUUGAUAUGCUGUUUUACUAUUACCAGACACGUCGUUUUUAUUUAUUUUUUUACCCUGUAACAGGAGUUACAUUAGGUGGAGUUCCAGUCAGGAUAGGUUCCAAUGUGAUUGAAAUAAUUAUUAUAAUUUAAAAAGGA